AUGGACUUGUUCCAGGUGGCCGAGCACCACUUCUUUGUGGAAUGCAAAGCUGCGUGCCCCACUUGCCCAAAGAACAACUGCACUCACACGCGAGACUCCAAGCGACGGACGUCUACACACGCUUUUUUCAAGGAGCUGUUGGGCCACCGGUUUCCCAUCACCGACGAGCUUCUUGUAGCCACGUGGAAGCUCAUCGACAGCUGCGAUUACGGCAUCAAGAGAAAUGGUGCUGCGAAGAGAGACCGCGUGUGCGUGCAUCCAUAUCACUAUGCUGUGCCGCCCCAACACGAGGCUGAGGUGUUUCAGAUACUCGUGCGCGAGUGCCGGAGGAUGGGGUUUGCGGUCUAUGUCAAUGGCAGCAUGGAUGCGGACACGUGUGAGCCCGGAGACCUGGCAGACCUUGCGGCUCUCCUCAAAGACCAAGGUGACGCGUAUCUGCAAGCGGCAUUGCAGCACCACCAGCCCCAACAACAACAUCUGCCGCAAUCAGUGUCGCACGGCGCAUCGCCGUCUUCAUUGUCGUCGUCGUCGUCGUCCAGUGCUCGGAGCCCGCGGAGGACCGGACCGAUUCGCCACUCGCGCACACGCGCGCAGAAACACGGACGCGCGCACACGACACAGCCAUACACUCUCCCCGACCACCACCAGCAAGGACGCCAGCCGCCACCUGACGGUGGGAUGGGCGGUUCGGUCCCGAACAUGCUGGGCGGAGGUGCAAACGACCCCGAGAUGCUGACGACGACGGCAGGCGCCUCGGUGCCACGAGGAUGGUCAGACAUAUUUGACAUCCCUCCAGUUGUUGGCUCGCCAUCUGGACACUCGUCGUCAUCGAUGGACGCAACGCCGUCGCCACAGGCCGGCAUGCAGCUUGUCGGUGCAGACAUGAUCAACUUUGGCAGUCUCCACGACCCGCAGCUGCAGGAGGAGAUGGACGAGGUGUGGAUGGCAAACUGCCCCUCCUGCGGCAUGCUCCAAGUCGUCUUCAACGUCAGCUGCAAGUGCUUUCAGUGCGGGGCCGAUCUCACCAGCACGGGUGCCGACAUUGCCUACCUCUUCCCCAAACUCCGCGCAUCAGAGUCAUUUGAGGAGGGCGAUGUUGUUGGUCUGUUCUCGGCUGCGGGCGGGCGUCUGGUCAUUGAGCGGUUGCGCCGCGAGAACGUUGCCGGUGCUGUCGUGUGCGGUGUCAUCAGCAGAUCAGCACACACCAUCGCCAAUCGCCGGGAAGUGGAGUCACUCCCUGUGCAGCACAUCGACCUCGUGUGCAUGUUCGGCACAAUCGAGACGAAGGUCGGGGGUCCUGUCAAGACGGGGGAUCUGCUGUACACGGGGCCGUAUGCGGUCUCGCUGGAGGACGCAGCCGCAGAGUUUGAACUGCUCAGCAUCCACGACGACUAUGAUGAUGAUGAUGAUGAUGAUGAUGAUGAUGAUGAUGAUGAUGAUGAUGAUGAUGAUGAUGAUGAUGAUGAUGAUGAUGAUGAUGAGUUCGGUGAUGAGAGUGGUGGGGAUGGCGGUGGUGACACGGCUUCUUCUGAUCAUCGUGAUGGUAACAAGACAGCUGCAUCGGUAACGAAAGCAGGCACCGUUGCGUCAACUGCUGAGGCAGAUGCAACUGCGCCCAAGAAUGAUGGUGACGACGACGGCGACGAUGAUGAUGACGACGAAUGGGUGAUGAUUGAAGUUGAGGAGAGCGCGGUGCUUGACAACCACUACUCCGUGUCGUACUUAUCAACGCAGGUGUCACGUGUCGAGUCGACUGAAGCACCCGAGGGCGAUGCUGCGAGUUCAAAGCAGCACGUCGGCGCCCACGCCACCCCCGCUGUCACUCCUGGCGAUCGGCAGAGCAGCAGGCGACGGAGCACGAGCGCCAAGAAAGAGCGAAGCAGCAGCACCACCAGCCACGGCGACAAUGAUGGUGGCAAGCAGAGGAAGGCUAGUACUGGCAGCGCCAAUGGUAGGCGUCGCAACAACAGCAACAGCUCGAGCACCAGCAAGAACAGCAGCAAGAGCAAGCAGCCGUCUCGCAUGCCCACCAUCACCAGCACCACCGUACAUGCAGGCAACGCUGAUCACGCCAGUGCUGCCAGUGCUGAGUGGCCCGCAGGUGUUGCCCAGGCGAGCGCGCACCCGCAGCCAAGCCAGAUUCUGCUGGGCAUUGCGCUGGAUGGCGGGGAAGGGAGCGAGGUUGAGGUGCGGGAUGGGGUGGAGGUGCGACGUGUGCGGGCGCUCAUCUCCCUCAACAACAACGUCACCGACGCCGCCAUCAAGCAGCAGAUUGACGACCUGCGUGUGCGUCUGGAGGCGAGGAUGCAAACCAUGUCACAGCACACACGCGACAACAAGGACGAAAUCAGCGCUCUCAAAGCACGCGUGCACGAGCUUGAGCUUGCGACGAAGAACACGCGUCCGCGUGCAGGAAAUCGCUGCCACAUUUCCCGACGCGCACACGGACACACACGCGCGCGUGCGCACCGCCGUCAGCGAAGUAUGUGGACUGGCAGACAGCAAGAGUUUGAGCACGUGCUGUCGUGGGACGAUCUGGUGACAGCGAGCGAGCCGCUCACACGCGACACAGUGCACACACGCACGUAUUCGGACAUUGUUCGAGGUGGCAGUGAUGAUGUUGGCACCAUGCGUGUUGUCAAGUGCUUUCUCCUCUCCAACGAAUCAGCAAAGUUUCUCGCAUACUCCAAGCGACACGGCGUCAGUGCGGACUGUGAUCGCCCGCGCCGCUGUACACGCGUCACCCUCCUCAUCAAACCAGACGCCAUGCACGCAUGGGAAUUGGGAGAGGACAUUCCCGAUGAUGAGCUUAAGGCGAUGAUUGAGGAGUUUGACCAGGACAACGACGGAGAGAGUGAGGAAGACGUAGCUUACUACGACACGGCGUUUGUUCGCACACCGUCGCAGCUGCGGCUGCUGCAAAUGCCCGUGCACGCCAUCAACCUCCGGGGUGGUGAGCUGCGACACGAUAUUUUGUCCCGACCAAGCUUGCCUGCAGGCAUGCGCGCGUGCCUUGGGCGCGUGUACAGCAAACUGACGGAAGCCCCGCUUCGCGUCAACAACAGACGCGGAUGGGUUGACGCUCGCGGCGGCGCCGGUGUUCUCGCGCGUGUGUUCAUCCACUGCACAGAAGACAGCAAGAUCAUCGUGUUCCACAGCGGCAAGUACCUGCACAUGCCUGAUGACGCACACGUGCGCGUCACUAACACGACGACGAUGGAUCAGGCCACGCGUUUCACUAUCAAACCAGAGCAAGGCACGCCGUGGUGCCGGUUGGAGUGCAAUGGGCGCUACCUGUGCGCAACCGUUGAUGGAGAUCUCAUUGCCUCCACCACACACGACGACGACGCAACACAGUUCUGUGUGAAUGUGACGCUGCACCUUCGCCGUCACGGGCGCACAAUUCCACGCGAGGACGAGAGUGAACUCAUUCAUCGUGAUCACGAUGCUGAUGAACAUGAUGUUGCAGCCGGUCAGCCAAGACGACCGAACGGCGCUCGCUCAACGUGA